CUCUGUGAAAGAACAAACCGACUGAUGCAGGUUUUAUGGAGAACUUCUCUCUCAGCUCUAAGACGAUGGCCAAACCCAACUGCUCGUCCGCAGCUCUGACGUGUGUCCAGGACCUGCUGUGUAACUCCAGCUUUGGUCAGAACUUCAGCACGGUGGAGCUGGCGGAUUACUGCCUGGACCCAGACGAAUACCUAGAGAAGUAUCUCGGCCCGCGGCGCUCUCCAGUCUUCCUGCCCAUCUGUAUCACCUACCUGCUGAUCUUCUCUGUGGGGGUUAUGGGUAACAUUCUCACCUGCACAGUCAUCACGCGCCACAGGGUGAUGAGAACGCCCACCAACUUCUACCUGUUCAGCCUGGCAGUGUCGGACCUGCUGGUGCUGCUGCUGGGCAUGCCACUGGAACUGUAUGAGCUGUGGAGCAACUACCCAUUCCUGCUUGGCGAGAGCGGCUGCUACUUCAAAACCUUCCUGUUCGAGACCGUGUGCUUCGCCUCCAUCCUGAACGUCACGGCGCUCAGCGUGGAGCGCUACAUCGCUGUGGUCCACCCGCUUCGGGCCAAGUAUGUGAUGACCCGGACCCAUGCGAGGCGGGUGAUCCUGUGCGUGUGGGGUAUGUCGGUGGUUUGCGCAGUGCCCAACACCAGCCUGCAUGGCAUCUUCACCCUGCCGCAGGCGCGUGGGCGGGGUCAGGGUGGCCUGCCCGGCUCGGACACCUGCAUGCUGGUCAAACCGCGCUGGAUGUACAACCUCAUCAUCCAGAUCACUACGCUGAUCUUCUUCCUGCUGCCCAUGCUGACCCUCAGCGUGCUGUACCUGCUGAUCGGCCUGCGGCUGCGCAGAGAGAGGAUCCUGCAUGCCACAGACAGACCGGAGCAGGACGGAUACGGCGGCGUUCGCGGUCAGCAGCAGAAAGCGCGCAGGCAGCAGGUCACUAAGAUGCUGUUUGUGCUGGUGGUGAUGUUUGGUAUCUGCUGGGCUCCGUUUCACACUGACCGUCUGAUGUGGAGCUUCAUUGACCAGUGGGCCAGCGGCCAGGUGGAGAUUUUUCAGGCAUAUGAGUAUGUCCACGUGAUCUCGGGGGUUUUCUUCUAUCUGAGCUCGGCCGUUAACCCCAUCCUGUACAACCUGAUGUCCACUCGCUUCAGGGAGAUGUUUAAGGAGGUGAUGUGUCGCCACACGCGGCGUCCAGUGCCCAGGAAGCAGUCUCUGAGUGUGACCCGCGUGACUUUACGCAGCGUGGUCAGCGAGGUCACCCCCGGCAACGGCGCCGUCACUGCGGAUGGGGAUUAUGACUUUUACGAAUGUCAUGAAAAUGAGACCAUGUUUGACUGAAGAUGGACCUUCAGGAAAUCCAGCUACAACCACUGCCAGUGACUUCCUGCCACGAAGACUCACGGCUGAGAUAUCAGCGAGAUUUCUUUGGUUGCGUUGACUUCUGAAGGGGCGGGGCUUUGUAUGCUGUAUACUGACAUUCCCGAAUGGCGGAAAUACUAAUUUUAGCAGUGAGCUUUAAUCAUUUUUUCAUCACUGACUUGAAACGAACACAUGAAAGACAAACCAAGACACAUAGCCAGCAGAGAGACUGAUUGAUGUAUCUUCAGUUUUAUAUUUUUACUGUUUAUAAUUGGCAAGUUAGGCAGCUUGCUAACUGCCAUGUUAGCUGCAUGGCUAAGUGCUGCUGCAUACACCAGCCACAUCGUCACACUGCCCAUCUACACUUUUCAACUGCAUUAAUAUCUGAUAUAAAUUUGUUUAAUUUGUGUUUUUACAGUUUAUGGUUAGUAUGUUAGCUUAGCUUCCUAACUGCACCAGAAUGGAGGUUAGCAAGCUAUUUUUUUCCAGCUGGCCACACGUGUGACUGCGGGUUAAAACUUCUCUGUAUCGUUUUUUCCUGUUUAUAGAAGAGACUCCUUUAUCAUCAUUACCCAGCAUUCAACAUGAUCAUGUUCAUAGUUAUUAUUCAGUGUUUAUGAUAAAUAAAUCAUAUAUCUUGGCAGCUGAAAUCAU